GUCAUCCUAUUAUUUCAAGUGAAAUUUCUGUUUUUUUUUUUCUUUUUUGGUGACGAUUACUUUGUUUUCAAAUGUGAGAAUCCUUUGGACUGUGAAAUAAAUAAAUUUGGAAGAAACUUUUUUUUUUUGUAAGAAUUUGCUUUUGCGACAUUGGAAAUUUUGAUGAUAUACAGACAACACAUCUGAUCGUAUCUCAUUUGCGGAUUUUCUAAAGUUUCAAAACUGUUGGGAAAUACUGACACCCUGUGGCCGACGCAAGGUGACGGUAUGGCACCCCGUGGGAGCGGGGGCGCCUCGGGCGGCUUCCUGUCCGCAUACCGGGGCCCCGAAGCGAUGCCCUUGCACCAGUACGCCCCUCCGGCCACCUGCACCUACGCCCCUGCGGUCGCCUCCUCCGCCGCCGUCCCCUACUACAACGCCGGCCGUUACACCGUCAGCCCCAUGGCCGCCGUCACAUCCUGCCCGCCGAUGCCGCCCGCACACAUCGGAUACCCCGCUAAUCCUCAAGGUGCUCGAAAACAGCGACGAGAGCGCACAACCUUCAGCAGAGCUCAACUGGAUCUUCUGGAGAACCUAUUCCAAAAAACUCGGUAUCCAGACAUCUUCAUGAGGGAAGAAGUCGCGAACCAGAUUCGCUUACCAGAAUCUCGAGUGCAGGUUUGGUUCAAAAAUCGGCGAGCUAAAUGCCGUCAACAGUCCCAAAACGGCGCCAAUAAAAGUCGCACUACCAAGAAACAGGCCAAGAGUCCUCAGAGCCAACCACAGAUAGCUCCCUGCAGUAGUCCUUCUACCUCCCAGUCCCAUGCAAGUCCCUCUUCAGGAGAGUCAGGGUCCAGUCCGUCAGCUACAUUGACGCCAAUUCCGCCCAGAGGCGGUGGUGAAUAUAGUCCUACUACUCCAGACACCCUCUUAAUGCCCAGUACCUCGACUGCCAACAGUUGCAUGCAAAAAGUUGACACUUCUUCGUCGUACCAGUUUAACUGUUCCGUCUACAACACCAAUGGCUACCUCCAGAAUAGUCCUUACUCUUUUCAUUAUGACUAUUAUAAUCCAACAUUGGCACAUACGUACCAGCACCAUGCGAUGACACCAACACAUCAUCAGUCAGUGUCACCUCCAACGCAAACGACUGGACAAUGUUUGGGCAGCACACGAGAUAUGAGCGGUUACAACAGUUAUCCGCCUCUAGCUCGUUCUGAUUGUUUGGACGUUCAAGAUUCCAAGGCAUCGCCCAUUAAAUUUCAAACCUUGUAAACUGAAAGCCGGUGUUCGAUAUCUUCUGGUACAUUUUAUUUUUCAACUUCACGAUCAAAGUUAGUCGUCAGAAGACGACGACUGAAGAUUCUUGUCAUCAUCUCGAUUGUAAAAAACUGUUGUCAUUUAAACAUACCUACAUGAAUCAUCAUUGGUCGGCUUCCAAGGAUCCUUGACUCAUCACACACAUUUGAGUUGUUCCGACUUUUAU